CACAUUUCCAACAUGUCUGCCUCCCUCUCAGGAUUAUUAAAACCUUGGACACCGAGGGUGUUCCUGGUGAGAUGGAGCAGAUACAACCCGUACUAUCUGGAGCCUGAGGUCAGGAAGGAGGUCUAUGGCAGACCGGAGACGGAGCUCAGCGCUGAGGAGAAGGAGCAGCGGGAACUCAAAGCGCUCCGACCCAUCAAGGCAGCAACGAGCAGCGUCACCAGCUCUCUGUUCAACGACCCGGUCGUCAGUAAAUUCGUCAACAUGAUGAUGAAACACGGAGACAAGAUUUUGGCCAGAGAGAUCAUGUCAGACACGCUGGAAUACAUAAAGAGGAAACAGGUGGAGAAAUACCACAAAGCUCCACCGGAGAAGAAGGAGGAGAUUGAGUGCAACCCCUACGUCAUCUUUCACCAGGCUAUGGAGAACUGUAAGCCUGUGGUUGGACUGGCGAGCAUACAGAGAGGCGGAAAGUACUACCAGGUGCCCAUUCCUCUUACGGACAACCGGCGUCGCUUCUUGGCUAUGAAGUGGAUGAUCACAGAGUGCAGGGACAACAAACACCGGCGCACGCACAUGUACGAAAAACUCACCCAGGAGCUGCUGGCGGCCUCCAUCAAGGAGGGCAACGUCAUCAAGAAGAAGUUCGAGCUGCACAAGAUGGCAGAAUCCAACAGAGCGUACGCCCACUACCGCUGGUGGUAGAGCUGCGGGGGCUAAGGGUGAAAGAAACGCUUCAGGAGUUUAACUGAGGACUGAGAGUCACGCGAGAGUCAGUGACACAUUGUAAAUAAGAGGUCACUUUUUUUGUAUCGUGAUGCUUAAAAUGUAUGAACUGCCACACAAUAAACACAUUCAAACUGAA